AUGGACAGAAUGACAGAAGAUGCUCUGCGCCUCAACCUCCUGAAGCGGAGCUUGGACCAAGCCGAUGAGCGGGACGAUGUCCUGGCAAAGAGGUUGAAGAUGGAAGGCCACGAGGCCAUGGAGCGCCUCAAGAUGCUGGCGCUGCUCAAGAGGAAAGACCUCUCGGGCAUUGAGGUGCCCCACGAGCUCCCGGUGAAGCAGGAUGGGGUGAAGGGCUAUGAGGAGAAGCUCAAUGGGAGCCUCAGGCCCCACGGGGAUGGCAGGACUGCAGGGAGGCCGGGGAAGGAGAACAUCAAUGAUGAGCCGGUGGAUAUGAGCGCCAGGAGGAGUGAGGACAGAGGCCGAUUAACCCCUUCCCCAGACAUCAUUGUCCUCUCGGACAAUGAGGCAUCCAGCCCCCGUUCCAGCUCCCGCAUGGAGGAACGCCUCAAGGCAGCAAACCUGGAGAUGUUCAAGGGGAAGAGCAUAGAGGAGCGGCAGCAGCUGAUCAAGCAGCUCCGGGAUGAGCUCCGGCUGGAGGAGGCCAGGCUGGUGUUGCUGAAGAAGCUGAGGCAAAGUCAGCUGCAAAAGGAGAACGUGGUGCAGAAGACCCCAGUUGUCCAGAAUGCGGCGUCUAUUGUCCAGCCAUCUCCUGCUCAUGUGGGACAGCAGGGACUGUCCAAGCUGCCCUCCAGGCCUGGAGCUCAGGGGGUCGAGCCUCAGAACUUAAGGACAUUACAGGGUCACAGUGUCAUCAGGUCGGCCACCAACACGACCCUGCCCCACAUGCUGAUGUCGCAGCGAGUGAUCGCUCCCAACCCUGCCCAGUUACAAGGGCAGCGGGUUCCUCCAAAGCCCGGCCUCAUCCGCACGACAACUCCGAGCAUGAAUCCAGCCAUCAACUACCAGCCGCAAUCCAGUUCUUCUGUUCCUUGCCAGCGGACGUCGUCCUCAGCCAUCUACAUGAACCUUGCCUCCCACAUCCAGCCUGGCUCCGUGAACAGGGUGUCAUCCCCUCUCCCCAGCCCCAGUGCUUUGAACGACGCCGCCAAUUCCCAGGCAGCCGCCAAACUUGCCCUGCGGAAGCAGACCCUGAAAACCAGUUUCUGUGGGUGCAUUGUUGUCCCCCCCCCAAAGCCCCCCGCUCCCCUCCUGCAUUUCCUCCCCAGCGCAGCCAACAGCGAGUUCAUCUACAUGGUGGGGCUGGAGGAGGUGGUGCAGAGCGUUAUUGACAGUCAAGGGAAAAGCUGCGCAUCCCUCCUGCGUGUGGAGCCCUUUGUGUGCGCCCAGUGCCGCACCGACUUCACCCCGCACUGGAAGCAGGAGAAGAACGGAAAGAUCCUGUGCGAGCAGUGCAUGACUUCCAACCAGAAGAAGGCUCUGAAGGCAGAGCACACCAACCGGCUGAAGAACGCCUUCGUGAAAGCCCUGCAGCAGGAGCAGGCAAGUGCAUGGCCCCCCCUGCUCCCCGUGCCCUUGGAACCNNCCGCGGCCCCCGCCGUCUCCAGCGUCAGCAAGCAGGAGAACAUCAUGCGGCACCACACGCUCCGGCAGGCUCCGCAGCCACAGAGCUCUUUGCAGCGCGGGAUUCCCACCUCUGCCCGCUCCAUGCUCUCCAACUUCGCGCAGGCUCCGCAGCUCUCCGUGGCAGGCGGUCUCCUGGGCAUGCCAGGUAAUGUCCCACAUCCCGGCCGCGUCUGA